AUGGUAACACUCGCAUCCUUCUUGUUAGCGAGCGAGAAAAGGAUAACAUCGGUCCGCAUUUUAGAGGGAGCCUUGGCCUACUACGUGGUAAAACGGCUCAGUAGCCUAUUCUUUGACCAAGCGGGCACACAUUAUGGGAUAGAAAUUUGCUCGUGUGAGGAGCUCCGUGUGAGUAAUUUGUUUCACUCGAAGGUUAUUCAUUUCGGGGGGGUGGACGCUGAUGAGGAGCUGGCGAAGUUUCUCCAAACAGUUGUGCUGCGGGAGGAAGUGGCGAAAAUUCCCCAAACAGCUGUGCUGCACCAGGAACAACCCCACUUGAGCAAAAAUAGCGGACGCGCAAGUGAAAACGGCAGCCGGUGGAAUGUCUACGUUUUAAAAAGUUUACAUCUCUUGUAUGCGAAUGGGAGGGGAACGGAGAAGAAGCAUUUUGGUGAACUCGCCUCGUACGUCAUAUCACUCCUUCAUCGCGAAAAUGGAGUUAUCGAAAGGAAGGACAAACUGCUCUUCCUCAUUUUGUUUUUUUUCCUCUUCACAAAGAGGGACCCAUGGAAGGGGAGAAGCCGCCACGUAGGGGGACGUCGUUCCCAAUUUGUAAUGAAGGCGGACAGAAGAGGGAAAAAAAAAAAAAAAAAAAAAAUAACAAAAAUCCCCGACGACUUCAAAUCCUUUUAUGAGCAACUGAGGAGGAGGCGAUUUAACAAGUUGAGGCUCCGCUCAGCACGCAAGUUUCUCCUCACUGGUCUGUGCCACGUGCAACUCAUCCGAGAGGGCGCCAAUGAGUUACACACAGGAGGGGGCAAAAAAAGAGUUUUAAUUUUGUGCAAAAAGUCGCUUCGCUACCUCAGCGAGGUGUGUGCAAAUUGGCAAAAAAGUGCAAACAGGGAGAAUGGGGAGAAACGCCCCAAUUGCCUGAACGGGUCAGGCGAACUCGCGGGGGAGGAAAAAAAACGCUCGGCCAAGGAAAAACGCGAACGGUUAAAGAAUGCGCCCCUCUGGAAACUGCUCCACAAAGUGAACCACAGGGAGGGGAGCGGUUGGAGAUCUGACACGGGAAGGAGAAAGUGCGCCAACUUGGGCACCGCAAUGGAGGGGCCCUCAGAAGAAGGGGGGCCUAACCAAAAUGGACUGAACCACGUACGUCUAUGUAAGCGUCUCCCCAGCCAAGACGCACUCUUCUCCCUAACCUGCGUAUGCAUAUCCCUGCUAUGCAACACCAACGGCUACAACCACUACUACCGUUUGGUGAGUCUGCUGAGGGAAAGGAGGAGCUUCCACUUACACGAUCGGGUGAACCGCUUCGUCAACGAGUUAGCCAAGCUGGACGCCAAGUGUCAACAUAUCUGGAAUAUGAAGAAUGCCCUCCUAUACCUAUACGUGGAGAUGUGCCUCAAGAGGGGCCACCAAGUGGUGAAAAAACGGAGGCGAAAAAAGGCUAGUCAAAGUUUAAGUCGAAUGGGGGUUUCAACCAACCGCAAGGGGAUGCCCACCGAGGGUCUACCAUCCAAAGUGUCCCCAAGUUUAACACAAAAAAAAAAAAAAAAAAAAAAACAUGCAUGUACAAGUGAGCAAAUUUUAAAAUACGUGAAGGAUACUUUCCAAUUUUUUGAUGACAUUUUGCAGAUCAAGUCGCACAACUACAUGGCCACAUCGCACAUUUGCACAUUCAAUCAGCUUCUUAACUUUCUGUGCGUGGGGGGGAAGAACAGUCGUAGGAGGAACACCCCAAUUAGCAAAAUGAUAGAGAAACGGUUUCACACAGUUGUUAGGAAAAAUGCCUACUACUACGCUGUGCAUAAUUCGUUCCUUCUCGUUCAUCUGCAACAUGUGUAUCUCUCCCUGGUGGACUGCCUAAGGCGCUGCUACUGCGUCGUCGUACGGACCAACCUGUUCACGUACAGUUUCGACUCGGUCAGGGGGCACGAGCUGUGCAGUGAUGCGCGGUGGGGGGUGGCUGGCAAUCACCACUGUGGCAGUUACCCCCCCGAGAAAUGCCGUUCUUCCCACCACAAAAGCACAUACCUCGAGUUUCUCCUCUUUGAAAGGGGAGGGGAAAAAAAAAAAAAAAAAAAUUAUGAACAGGUCAGAAAAGUUACUCCGCAAAUGUUGCACACAAAAUUGAAAAGCGAAAUGAAAAAAUAUAAAAUUCUUUCCAGACAGAUGAUCCACCUGCUGGACAAAUUAUAUAGCGAAAAAUUUUACAUUCAUUUUUAUUCCAAUGGGCUGAGGAACGCCCUGUACUGCCGAUGCAACUGUAACUUCUUUUUCCUCGAGGUGGUCUGCAGUGUAAUCCUUCCGCUCCAGCUGGAGGGGUGCAGUGGAGGGAAGGAUGAUUCGCCCGUUGGGGGAAGCGAUGAAAGGAAAGGAACCUCCGCUGAGAAAAACCACCAAACGGAAAGAAAAAAACACACACAGGGAGAAACAUCACGGCUGCUGCGCAGUGUAGACCGCUAUCUCGCGAAAGAAUUGAAAUACCUCUUCCAUGAGUACACGCGAUUCAGGGUAAAAUAUGGCGAGGAAAAAAAAAACAACCUCACUAAGCGGAUUGGCAGACUGCUCAAACGGUGCACACACGUUCGUAAUACGUGGCAUCACUGCCGCGCUUCGACAAAAGGGAACAUCAAAACGAAGCGGAACGGGUGGAUUGUGAAUGGGUUGCUCUCGGUUGGCCAGCACGGCCAGCAUGACCGCCAUUCACACCUCAGAAAGGAGAAGACGCAACGAAAGGGAGAAGCGACGUGCCCCCCCGUUCUGGUAAGCUAUUAUGGUAUUUUUUUCAAGUGCAUAAUUUACACCAUCCAUGAAUACGCUUUGCAGAUAUGUGGCAUGCUACGUGGAAGACUCAGACGAACCCAAUCGUCAUCUGUUGACCGAGAACAUUUGCAGCGUCGUACAUGCCCCCACCGUCUGCUGUCCCAAUUUGAAGAAACAAAACAAUGCGGCGGAUCAAUCCCACAUGACACACUCAACUGUAAUGAUAAUCUACACACCUUGUACGUAAUAUACCUAGACAUAUUGCUCUUUUUUAAAGCCAUGAAAAUGAGAGAUUGGCACAAAAGGGGCAGCUCGUUUGGCCAUUUGGCCAACUGCCAACCUGAGGUGCCACCCAGAAGGGGUCCAAACGAAAGGCCCUUUUUGAAGUUCCUUUUUUCCGCUAAUUUCCGCCUCUUCUUGUGUGAGCACAGGUACGCCUUUUACCUGCUGCGGGAGGUGCGCCGAGCGCUCCAGUUCGUCUUCCCGCGGGUGAAGCGGCGGGUCGAGCGGCGGGGUAGGCCGGGCUGA